CCUACCUUUAAUUUUUUCGUUCCAAGGCUAGUCCUUCCCAUUCAUCAAGCGCCAGUCGCUCAGGUCAACACCGCUUUCUAUACUACGCAUCUACCACUCACUCGGUGCAUUUUACCCGAACGAAAAAUAUCUUCUUCCCGCCGUUUUUAAAACCUCCUCAUUUCAAUAUGCAAUUCUCCACCAUUGCUCUCGCGGCUCUGUCCGCCUUUGUCGGCGUUGAGGCUCAGGGUGGCAACGGCACCCGCACCGGCGGCGGCAACGGUACCGGCGGUGGCAACAGCACCCGCCCCGGCGGUGGCGGCAGCCCGGUCAGGACAGUCAGCGUCAUCGUCGGCAGGAACGGCACCACCUUCCAGCCCAACAACAUUAGGGCGGCCGUCGGCGAUGCCGUCCAGUUCCAGUUCAUGGGCGGCAACCACACCGUGACCCAGUCCCCCUUCGACAACCCCUGCUCGCCCAUCAACAACUUUGUCAGGAACGUCACUGGUGUCCACUCUGGCUACGUCCCCUUCGCCGCCAGCGCCGCCAUGGGCCAGGUCCCCGUCUACACCAUUAUGAUCAACAACACCAACCCCAUGUGGCUGUACUGCGCCCAGGCCAAGCACUGCCAGAACGGCAUGGUCAUGGUCAUCAACGAGAACACUGCUGCCAACUCUUCCCGCUCGCUCGCCAACUACCGCCAGCUCGCCUCCACUGUCCCCCAGUCCACUGUUCCCGGCCAGGCUCCUGGCGCUGGCACUGGCACUGGCGGUGGCGCUGGCGGUGGUGCCGGUACCGGUGGUGGCAACGGCCGCAACCCUGGUGGUGCCAACCCCAGCGGCGGUGCCGGUGGAUCUACCCCCUCGGGCGGCGCCAACCCCCCCGGCGGCACCGCUCCCCCCGUCGCCGCCGGCUCCUCGCUCAAUGUGCCCUUCAGCCUACUGGCCCUCGCCGGUUCCAUCUUCUUCCUGUAAGCGGUCAGUCCGCCGCAGGAGCGCCUUGUCAAUUGAAGAAGAGGGGACGAUUCUUUUUUCUGCGAGUGCCUUGUUUGCUGUACACAUGGGUUGGGUUGUAUAUACCCUCGAGAAGCUGCCAACCCUAUUAAUCCACUUUCUUUGGCCAUCUUACGGGACAGCGGCAGCGCCUAUCCAUGCUCUCCCCCGCCCGUUUUUAAUAGGCAUUCUGGAGACGCGACAGUGAAGAAAAAGAGCCUGGGUUUCGCUUGAUAGACUGUUUGCCGGCCGGCUGGGUCUCGUUGUCUUGUUGUUUAUGACCAUGAAGCAUUUUCUGUUCCUCCGCCAAGUCUUGGGCGAGGCCGCGCGGGUAUUGGUGUUUUAUUUAGCAUUUUGAAUGUCACAAACGACACUCUUUUUCGUUUAUCAAUUUUGUCCUUGCGUGAAUGUUACUGUUGGUUUGCCUGGAUCAACCGUAAAAGCCA